CCGCAGCAUUUGUCUCACUGAUGGUACAUGCACCUUCCGUUAUUGAAUUGCCUCAUGCAUGUCUUGUGGCACAAUGCACAGGUAGGUAGUCUUCUUCUGCUUCCUGGACAUGACCACACAUAAUUACAGCUGUUGGACGAGGACAUUUAUCAGGACACUAGAAGCCUGAGAGAUGAAGAUUUUGCUGUUGUACAGUUUUCAAGAAGAUUAAAUGGACGCAUUAGCAGUGUUUUGUGUUUUCGCCGUAGUUUUUACAGAUGUAAUCGAAGGAUCCGGUGUGUUGCCAGAUGGGCCUCUGACCGCUGCUGUGGGAGGGACAGUGAGCCUCAAUACCAAACUGACUCCCACAGCAACACCCUUACUGGUUGUGGCAUGGACCUUUAUUGUUAACAGCGAAGAAAAACCCAUAAUAACAUCAACUACCGUAAACAAAACUGAACCGCCUUAUGAAGGCAGGAUCACUCUCUUCAUACAGACCGGGUCUCUAGAGCUCAGGAACCUGGCUCUGAAUGAUAGUGGAGAUUACAGAGUGAGCAUCAUAACAGAUGGCGGGGACCAAAUCACAGGAACCACCACACUGAAGACACUUGUUCCUGUCUCCGAUGUAAAGUUAAUGGUCAGCAGCACUGACCUAGUGGAGUUCAACAGCACGGCUCGUUUGUCCUGCUCUUCGUCUGGAUCGUCCCUCUCUUUCCUCUGGCUCAACGGCAGCUCCGAGGUCACAGUCAGCGACAGAGUUCAGCUCACGGACGGAGGCGCCACUCUCAGCAUUGUCGGUGUAACCCGUUAUGACCAUGCAUCGUUCGCAUGUCGGGUAUCCAAUGCUGUCAGUGAAGGCACCAGUGAUCCAGAGCAUCUUACUGUCAGCUUUGGCCCGGAUGAUAUUCAUCUUAAAGUGUCUCCAUUGCAACAAUACAUCGCUGAAGGAUCAAACGUCGUCCUUUCCUGCACAGCUGCCUCCAGACCACUUGCCCUCUUUUCCUGGGCUCUGGAUGGAGAGCUGCUGUCGUACAUCGGACCAGACCUCUCACUGGUGAACAUUCAGGAGAGCCAGAGUGGAAAAUACAGCUGUCAUGCCUUUAACGGCAGAACUUUAAGACACAAGACAUCUCAGCCCUUGUCUAUAAAUGUUCUAAAGAACAUCUCAGGCGGAUCAAUCGUGGCGUCCACAAGUCAGCCGAUCGAGGGGAUGGCAGUGAAUCUUACCUGUGAUGCUGCAGGCUCCAUAUUCACCAGAGAGUGGAUGAAGAGCGGCUCAGCCUUGGUCCUCGAUGACCACAUGGCGCUGCAUGAUGAGGGCAGGGUCUUGUCCUUCCGCGAUGUGAGGAGAUCCGACAGCGGCCCAUAUUCCUGUAGAAUUAGCAACCCGAUUAACAUGGAAGACGUCUCAUACGGCAUGGCCAUCAACUAUGGGCCAGAGGCUGUCCAAAUAUCGGGGCCGAGGGAGAUAAAUGUGAAGCAGACCUUAACAUUAACCUGCUCUGCUACAUCUGUUCCAUCUGCCACUUAUACCUGGACACGAAGGAAUCAAUCCGAGAUACACAAUACUUCCACAUUUGUAAAAAACAAUGUUGACAUUUCUGACAGCGGAAGCUAUGUCUGUAUUGCAUCAAAUAAUAUAACGGGGGUAAACGUAUCUGCUGAACAUAGGCUGGCUGUAACAGAGAAGAACUCAUCUCUGUGCUCAGCUGGUUGUAUCGCUGGAAUCGUAAUUGCAAGUUUAGUCAUUUGUGCAGCAGCUGCUGGUGCAGGAUACUACAUAUAUAAUAAACAGAAACAGUCAACAAAUCGCACCAGCAGAAACAUCUCCACCAGAACAGAGCGCGAGAGGCAAGAUAUCACAGCAGAAUCAAAAAAUGAGGAGCUGAACUAUGCAGACCUGAAUUUUUUCCACACAAAGGACGGCCAGACAGUCCAGUCAGUGCCCCAGAAUAACUCGGCAGUAUACGCAGAGAUUCGAGUGAACAGCAAGCCUACUGCGGCGUCCUCCCCUCCGUCCUACAACGUCCACAUGCAGCGGAUAAAGAGGCGAGCUCCUCAGCCAUUCGAUACUAAUGAAGUCCAAGUUUAACCUCUUGUCCACGACACCUAGUCGUGCUCAAACUGGUCAACAGUGGACUUGUGGUCAUGGAGAUUCAGUCCCUUAACGGAGUGCUAAUGGCUUGUGUUUGAAUAGUCAACUUGAGCAUGGGUUAAUAAUUAUUUUUUUUGGCUGUGACGGACUGACUUGAUUUGUCUAUAUGAAAUUCACACACCCUAAAAAUCAAAAUAAGAAGUACAAUUUGGAAACCAAAAUUUCAUGAAAACUAUGCCUCGACAAUCACACAAGACUUUUCAACUACGUCAUAAGACGGCAAAUAAGCACUCAGUGAGCAUCAAAAUGAUUAACUCCACAAGUGUGUUUUGCUUCUUCUUUGGCUUUUUCUGUGUUUUUUUACCUUGUUAAACCACCACAGAAUGGUAACAAAAUGUGAUGACGUCCAAAAAGACAGAAAUGGAAAUUACUGCAACCAAGUUGCACAUGUGUCACGCCCUGUAUGACCAGUUGGACUUUGUAUUUUUCCUUGUUUUCAGCAUGACUUCCUGUUUGGUAUUUUAUUUUGUCAUGCCCAUUUCCUGUGUUCAGCCUCAUGUGGAAACUUUCCGUUCUCGGUGUAGCGCUCGAAGCAUACCUGUUCCUGGUCCACAAUCCCACACAAUGAGUCCAUUUACUUUCCAUGGCAGAGCUUGCUAUUUGCUGGGUUAUUGCCUCAGUUACCAUUAGCAUGUGUUGCUCAACAUUCACUUCCUUUGCUUCCUUGCACUUUUUGGACGUUUGCCUGCAUCACUCUGCAGCACUGGAAGUUGUGCUACUCUUUCUGAAGCUAUUACGACACACCAGGUGACAAGGUUUCCUGUCACAACGAGAGGAAAAUUCCACUUGUGGGCGUCAUAUUGCCACAAGUCCUAAUUGCUUGUGAAAUGAAGACUUGCCCAAGAGUCUUAGGUUGACUUGGGAAAUGAAAGACACAGUUUUUCGCAAGUCAAGACACACUAACACAAUGAGUCCAGCCUGGAAGAGGAAUCUCUACAUCGUUUUGCUGGUCACGCUGAACGGUGUAGCAGGGCACACCUUCAGCAUGCAGAUUUCCUGGCCUGGUGCGGUGACAGCUGGUUCCAGUACCACGUUCACGUGCUCGUCCUCCUGCUUUGCAAACUGUACGUACUCCUGGUCCUUUAAGGGGCUCACAGUCAACGGGAGCACACUCAUCUGGGCGCCGGACGGAAAGGAUCCCUCUGUGGAACUGCAGUGCACCGUCCUGAGUCACAAAACGGGAGUCUCCAGCAGCGUGACCUCCAUUGUGGAAAUUACAAAUCCAGUGUCCGUGCAAAUCAGUCCACCCCAUGCUGUCCCGUCUUUGAACCGUCCCCUGGAUCUGCUGUGCAAUGUUGCUGCACACCUGUAUCCCACCCUCUCGGUGGAGCAGGUGGUCUGGUGGUACAAAGAUGGACAUAGAGUGGCUUUAGGUGAAAAUGUACUCCAUUUUGACUCACUGCUACCAUCUGAUGGAGGAUUCUACCAGUGUGUGACUCUCCUACCCCAGGGAAGAGUUGUCAGUCUGGGCUACCUGCUAAACUUCAAUCCAUGGAACGUGAGCAUCAGUGGUCCUGACACUGUCUUUCCAGGUCGGCUGAGCACAUUCACCUGCACAAUGACGUGUACUUUGAAUGUGGACUGUACUGUGAGGUGGCCGUUCAAGGGAGGUUUCCCGCUAGGAAGUUACCUCUCAGUGCACCAGAAUGAGCUCUUGUGGAUACCAUCCAUGCCCGGCUCCUUCCAAAAUUUCACAUGCCUCGUCGAAAAUGCAGCAGCUGGACACUCUGCUGAGGCUACCAAGAUGGUGGAAGUUAAAGGUGUUCCACUCUCUGGAUCCUUACAACUUACUGGACUACGCACUGUUAUUUUAAGCCUGGCUCUACUACUCAUUACUCACUAAUGAAUAGUGCUGUUUACACUUUCACUGUUUGAGUUUUAACUGCUGAUAUAUUGAUUCAAGAUUCAAGAUUCAAGAGAGUUUUAUUGUCAUGUGCAUGGUAAAACAGCAGUAAUACCAUGCAAUGAAAAUCUUAUUCUGUUCAUUCUCCCAAGAAAAGAAAGAAAACACAAGAAAGAUUAAGAACAUAAGAAACAUAAACACAUAAACAUAUAUACCAAUAAAUUAAGCAGCAAAAACAGAAGAGACAUUAAUACAAAUAAAUAAUACAAAUAAAUAAAUAAAGUGCUAUGAGUGUGUGCAUGUGUUGCGUGCGGCGUGUGCGAGUGCUUCGUUGAGAAGCCUGAUGGCCUGUGGGUAAAAGCUGUUUGCCAGCCUUGUGGUCCUGGACUUCAAACUCCUGUAGCGUCUGCCUGACGGUAGGAGUGUGAAUAAUGAGUGUUGUGGAUGUGUGCUGUCCUUGAUGAGGUUGUGUGUUCUGCGUAGGACUCUAGUUUUAUAAAUGUCUUGCAGUGAGGGGAGAGCUGCCCCAACAAUGUUCUGUGAGGUCUUGAUUACCCGCUGGA